GCGGCCAGUUGGUACGCUCUGCAAAGCCUAGCAGCUGGAGUCCCUUGACGGAAACAGGGAAGAAGAAAAAGAGAGCGGCGUUACGCUGGUGGAGCGAGAGACUCAUUGUGUGUGAGAGAGUGUGUGUGUGAAAGAGUGUGUGAGUGUGUGUGUGUGUGUGUGUGUGUGUGUGUGUGUGUGUGUGUGUGUGUGUGUGUGUGUGUGUGUGUGUGUGUAUCAGUUUGGAGGAAUCGGCCUUACCGUGUGGUGUGUGUCUGUGGUGAAGAGGUGGAGAUGAUCUGUGGUGGACCCCCGGCUUCUCUGCUGAACUUCCAGAGGGCUGGCUGACCAAUAGUUGUUUAUCAGCUCUAUUUCUGUGUCUUUGUGAAACUCUACUUCCCAUCUCCUUUGGCUCUGGACUCCUCAGCACCAUGAGCUCCUCAGCAGCCAACAAGCGUCUGACCUCCGAGGCAGAGCAGGCACAGAGGGUCCCAGACGUGGAUGCAGUGAAGCACCUCAACCUGAAAGAGAGACAGCGUUUCUUUGAGGAGGUUUUCCAGCACGACGUUGACGCCUUCCUCUCCUCUGCACACCUGACUAUUAGGGACUGCCGGAGACCUCCCAUUGGUAGCAUUUCGUCAAUGGAGGUGAAUGUGGACAUGUUGGACCAAAUGGAACUCAGAGAUAUCUCGGACCAGGAGGCCUUGGACGUCUUCCUUACUUCUGGAGUUGAGGAGGGAGUGCUGGCUGCCCCAUUGCCAGUCCAAGGAAACAACAACAACAACGAGAAGGUUAUCCGCAACGGACUCUUUCGUCAUGUCCUUGAGGGUCUAGAGGCCAAGUCCCGCAUGUCCUCCACCUCUUCGAACUCCUCCUUCAAUAGCCAGAACGCCAAUCAAAACGACGUAGACACCCCGGUUGUCCAAUCAGACGAGGAGGAGACACAAGGCAAUGCAAUUCUGCCGAGUGCUGCACGCGCAGGUCGAGAGAAGGAAAAGAGUCCGUCUCCAUCGUGACUGUAAAGGGCCCUCCCCACAACGGGUGCAUGUGGCCUUUCAAAAACCAACGUCUUCCACAGCCUGAUUACUAAUACUGUUGCUUUGCUUUAUGAGGUGUAGGGGUGUGUGUGUGUGUGUGUGUGUGUUUGAUUUGGAGGUGGAGGGAUUGUUUGAACUGCACAAAAAGAGAAAAAGCUUGCUUGUAUCCUGCAUGGAAACUGGUUUUUGAGCGUUUUACAAGGGGGGGGGGUCUGCUCCCGGUUUCUUACUUUGUAGCAGGUAUAAUUUAUGAGUAGCAAAGUUGCAGCAUCACAAACUUAAAUGUUCUCAGCUUAUAUAGUAUUAACAUGGCUCGGGGAUGUAAAACACGAUCUGGAACUUUUAAAAGAAAAUGAUCAGCAAAGAAAUGAUGAAUUAGGGGCAAGUUUGUCAGAAAAAUGUUCAUGAUUGCUGUUAUUAUUAUUAUUUUUUAAGUAAUAUGUUGUCCAACACUUGUUUCUCACCUCUACAUCUUUUUUUUAAUUAUAUAUCAUUAAACAAUUCCCACAAGGCUUUCGUGUCAUAACAAUAAAGGUGGAGAAAC